AUGUCAAUGAACAGAGUAUCAAGAGGCCUUGUGCCUCUCGUAUCAAAGCCCGUUCGGCCCCUCUUCUCACAGCAAACCCCCGCAGCUGUCAUCAACUCCCUCAGACAAGUGCACACCCGUACAAAUGCUGUCUUCAGCCCGUCUAACCGCCGACCACACCUGCGACCCGUCUUUCGUCCAUCUCCCCUCCUCCCAACAAUCUCCCGCCGAACCAUCUUCAUCCAGACUGAGCCCACACCAAAUCCCGAUGCCCUCAAGUUCCUCCCCAACCACAAGAUCCUCCCCGAGGGCAUCCAGACCUCCUUCAUCGAGUACCUCUCCCCGCGCUCGACCAUUGCACCGCCCUACCCCUCGCCGCUCGCCUCCCAGCUGAUGGCUGUUGACGGCGUCAAGUCUGUAUUCUAUGGCCCUGACUUCAUAACUGUGACCAAGGAGACGGACGCAAACUGGGCGCAUAUCCGGCCAGAGGUGUUCUCCCUGAUUACAGAGGCCAUCAGCGCGGGGCAGCCGAUCGUGAACAUCACACAAGCUGACGCUGCUCAGGGCGGGGAGGCUGCGCAGACGGGUGAGGCUAGUGCGACACAGAGCCAGGGAGAGCGGGAGCAGCAGGCGGAGAAGGAUAGUUUGGCAUAUGAUCCCAACGAUGAUGAGGUUGUAGGGAUGAUAAAAGAGUUGUUAGAGACGAGGGUGCGACCUGCGAUUCAGGAGGAUGGUGGCGAUAUCGAGUUUAGGGGGUUUAAGGAUGGGUAUGUACAUCUCAAAUUGAGGGGUGCAUGCCGCACGUGCGAUUCGAGCACAGUGACAUUGAAGAAUGGAAUUGAGGGCAUGUUGAUGCAUUAUAUCGAAGAAGUCAAGGGCGUUGUCCAGGUCCUGGACGAGGAAGAAGAAAUCGCCCUGAGGGAGUUCCAGAAGUUUGAGGAGAAGCUAAGGCAGCAGAAGGGUCAGGUUCCUCCCUCCCUCCCUAUUGACUCCGUGAACUGA